CCUAAAGGCUUUCAAGAUCUCUUCAUUCUCCAAUCGCCCACACUGUCUGGUCUCACUGAACACCACAUAGUGUAGCUCUGAUCUGCUCCUCAUGUCGAAGAAGAUUGUACUCGUCACCGGGGCAACGGGGAAGCAAGGCGGCUCCCUUGUCGACGCACUCCUCGCUCAUGGAGGGUAUUCUAUUCGUGCCUUGUCUAGGACGGUUGAUUCCGUGUCCGCAGCUGCUUUAGCUUCCAGAGGGGUUGAGGUGCUCCCUGGCGACUUGAGCGACAAAGACUCCCUGAUGAAGGCAUGCAAAGGCGUAUACGCUGCUUUUGGGGUCUCGAUUCCAGAAUUUUUCAGUGGUAUUGAUGAAGAGGUCCAAGGACGCAAUCUAGUUGAUGCCUGCCACGCGAACGAGGUCGCUAUUCUCGUAUGGUCAUCUCUUCCAGGCGUGAAAGAAACGUCCGGGGGUAGAUAUACCACCGUAACGGCAUUCGAUGCAAAGGCCGAGGUGGAGAAAUAUAUCAAGACCGUUGGCCAACCUGCGAUUGUCUUCAGGACGGGAGGCUUCACUUCAAAUUCUCGAACUAAUGUCGCUGCACCAGUCUUCUUCACUUCGGAUGUCGGUCCCGUAGUUCUCGCCGCCAUCGAGAAGUGGGACGACCCAGCCUGGCACGACGAACUCACCAAGUCCCCGAUCCCCCUUGUCUCGUACCAGAUCACGGGAGAGGAGGCGGCAGCCAUCAUUUCCAAAGUCGCCGGCAAGCAGGUCGAUUGUAUCACGGUUUUCUCAGACCAAUUGCCCCUUCCGCUUAAAGAGAUGAAUCAAUGGUGCAACGAGAGGCUGUGGGGCUACGGUGAACACAUACCGGUUGACCUCCUUGUCAAGUUGGGGGUUAAGUUCCACACGUUGGACGAUUAUGCCCGAGAGGAGUUGAUUCCUUGGAUGAAGUCCCAGGAAUGA